AUGCCGUAUUACGACUCCAAGCCGCCCGUGCCCGUCGGUAUGGGGCGGGGUGCGAACUCGGGCGUUUGGGGGAAGCCUAUGGCGGUGAGGUGGUUGGUUGCCAUCCUCUUGGUUGUUCUCGGUAGCGUGGUGGGAGGAACACCGGUGCCGUCCGUGCGGGGUCUUGCGCAAACGAACGCUACUGGUCAUGCUGAUCGUCUCGCACCCGCACCGUGCUUUCGCAACGGAACCCGCUCAGCCCAUCAAAAGAAGUGGCACCGGGAGCACGACGAUGAGUCGAGCUGGCGUACCUCCGACUCUGGCCAAGCUGUCCAGCUCAUCCGCCUUGCAGUACCUGGCAGCGCUCGAUCCCUCGUCGAUAAGCCCGCUUCCGAUUGGAAGAUGGUCAUCUUGGCCCAGUUCUAG